AUUAUCAAUAAUAUUCCAUAUUGAUUACUUAAUAAUAUUUUUAUCUGAUUAGACUUUAGAAUAUCAGAAAUUUGAGAAAUAAUAACUAUGGAUUAAUAUUUCAAGUACAUUGAAUUGUUUUAAUUAAAUAAGUCUUACUAGAAAUUAUCGUCCACGGGCACUAAAGUAGAAAAAAACAAGUUUUAUUUUUCCGGCUAAGAAAUAUAAGUCCAGGUGCUUUGUUAAUCAGGAUGCAGUAAGGUCAUUCUUUUGUUUCAAUUCUCCAUUUUGGUACAUUUUAUAAUGGCAAGAUAUUACGAAAACACAACUGUUUUCAACUUUAGUUGGGAUCAAGUUGCACUAGGAUAUUGGAGGAGAUAUCCUAAUCCACAAAGCACACAUGUUCUAUCUGAAGAUACUUGGAGUAGAUAUGUUAAAGAUGGAUGUCUGUACACGAAAAGAUUGUUAACUAAAACUAAUAGAGUUCCAAAAUGGGGAGAAAGAUUUUUUAAUGCAAAGUCUGUGAAAAUUAUUGAGGAAAGUAUUGUAGAUCCUGAAAAGAAAGUUCUCAUCACAUACACAAGAAAUCUAGGCUAUACCAAAGUUAUGAGUGUGGUUGAACGGGUAGAAUACAGGCCAUCAGGUGCUGCUCAAACGGUGGCACUUAGGUCUGCAUGGGUUGACUCACAAGUAUUUGGGUUCUCUCGUGCUAUACGGGCAUUUGGAGUUGACCGUUUCCGCAAGAAUGCAUCACAGAUGGUGAAUGGUUUUAACUAUGUACUAAGCAAUAUGUUUCCGCGUCAAGUACCACAACACACAGUGUCCCAUACACUCAAAGAAAUGCGUGAUGCGGCAGCAGCAGCAACUGACCGAGCUAAGGCAAACGUCUUGUCCUCUGUUAACAGAACAUAACAGGACUAAUGCCGUGAGGCUAUAUUGGAGUACAAAGGACUUGAUAAAAAUUAUUCAUUUAGUAUUAUAAAUCUAUUUGUAAUAAAAUUAUAAUUUACUACAACAUCAAAUAUAACACUGAAAAAAUAAUUCAAACUUAACUACAUAUAUGAUACUAAUGCAGUCUAAUCUUAUUUAAAGAAAUGUUCAUAUUCUCAAAUUUAAAACAUACAUUGUUUAUAUGUUUAGUUUUCAGAAAAAUGAUUCCUUUUUUUCUCUUUAGGUCAAUAAAGCAUUAGCAUCUAAAGAUUUUUUGAAAACCAUAAUACUUAUUAUUUUUUACUAGCUCUGGUACCAUCUGGUGGAUAACCCUCACAUCAACAUUAUAGUAGGCACUCUUUAAGUUCUCCAAAAAAUGGGUUUUCUAUAAAUUUUGUAUAAUUUUAAAUAUUUGUAAAGUGAAGAGAGAUAAGAUAGUGUAGUUAGGAUUUAACAAUGUCAAUCUGUCAGUCAACAUAUAUGAUAAUUUAUCCUAAAUCUUCUGACAUAAAAUAGUUAUAAUGAUUAGUAAUAGAUGUAUUUGUCUAAUCAUGCUAUUGCUGCCCUUAAACUAUUUAUAUAAAUAUGUUUAAAAAUGGAAUAUAUUAUUUAGCAUAGGUAUAGUAACAAAAUGCUUGAAAAUCAAUGCUUUUAAUGAAAGAUAAUAGAUACUAUGUAUUAAUAUUUUCUUAUAAAAUUUUAUUUUUCCUAAUGGUUGGAAAAAUAAUUUGUAAAUAUAGCUGAAAUUCCCACUGCCUCAAGCAACUGCUGUUUGUAAGUGUUGAAUAUAUGUAUUUCAACAACAUUCCAAUGGAUUAGUGCUAUUUUUAAAGGAAAUAUGUGAAUGUAAUGUUUAAAACAGAUCUUAUUUAUUUAAAUUUUGAAUUCUAUUUAAUGCAUUUAAAUUGUUUAAUAUGUCAUUAAUUUGAUAUCAUAUUCACAAUUAAAAUAACUAUAAUGAAUAUAAAAGCAUUGAAUUUGAAUAAGCAAUAAUUUUCCUGUAAUGUAGUAGAAGUUAUACAAAUACCAAAACUCAACUGCUGCAUCCUCAGUGAUAACAGCAUUUUUUUUUAAAUUACUUGUUAGUAUGAAAUCAACAAAAUAUAAUCAAAUAUAUGAGAUAAACACACAA